AUAAAAUAUUUUCCCAUAUACCCGUAUUUUUAGGGGAAUUUUUCUUUCCACAAAUUUAUUUACCAUUGUAAUUUUUAUAACAAAAAAAUUAUUUUAAUUACAGUAUAUACGUACUAUUUAAUUCUGUAAUAUAUUUACAAGUUCGCAUGUUACAUAUUCAAUAUGUACUUCACAAUAUCGCUCAUCGUGAUUGCAGUAAUAUUUUUAUUUCUUGACUAUCGCAAACGAAAAAAAGAUCAUCCUCCUGGACCAUGGGGGUUACCUAUACUUGGAUACCUUCCAUUUUUCCAUGAAGAUCAGUUCAUAACUUUCAAAAAAUUGGCAGAAGAGUAUGGAUCUAUAUUUUCCAUAAAAAUUGCUACAAAAGAAGUUAUCGUCGUGAAUGAUUAUGACCUAAUUAAAGAGGCUCUUGUGAAGCAAUACAAAAUAUUCUCCGGUCGACCAAAAAGCAGAUUUUUUGAAGAACUAUGUAAUGGAAAUGGGUUUGCUUUUGUUGAUGGAUUGAAACAUAGUGUUUUCAGAAAUUUCGGAAUCAACGCCAUCAAUGAAUUCAGAAUGACAUCCGGGACCUCUGUUAUAAAAGAAGAAAUCGACCACAUGUUUCAAGUCAUAAAAGAAAAGAAAAACAAGCAAGUAAAUUGCGAGGAUCUCAUACACAAAGCCAUUGCAAAUGCCGCUUUCUGUCUGGUAUAUGGAGAAAGAUCUUCUUACGAUGACCCAGAAUUCAAUGCUAUAUACAAGUGCACAAAGCAAAAUGGAAAUGAUCCGUUUAUUCCUCUGGUUACUUUUGCGUACUGGGCUCGAUUUCUUCCUCCACUCAACGGACGUUAUAAAAAAUUUCUGGCUAAUUUCCACUACGAAGAAACAUCGAUACGUCGGAAAAAAGAAGAAAGAAAAAAACAGCCAGAAAUUCGUGGAACGUAUUCAAAUUAUAUCGACAAAUUUCUCGAUAAAAUGCAAAGCGAAAAUCAAACAGAAUUAUUUAAUGAAGAACAACUGGUUCAAAAUGCCCAUGAAAUUUAUGGAGCCAGUAUAGAUACAACAUCAAAUGCAAUUUGCUGGUGCAUUCUCGGGCUUUUGCAUUGUCCUGAAUAUCAAGAUAGAAUGUGGAGAGAAAUAAAUGGAGUAAUCGGGUCAAACACACUCAAUACUGAACAUCGAAAGGAAAUGCCGUUUACUGAAGCUUAUAUAGAAGAGGUUUUAAGAUUCCGUCCCAUAAUUCCACUGUCACUACGAAGAACUAUCGAAAGCACAAAUCUCGGCAGAUAUCGACUGCCAAAAGAUAGUACGGUAGCCAUUAACAUUUGGGCAGUUCACCACGACCCAAAAUACUUCAAGAAUCCUUAUGAUUUCAAACCGGAGAGAUUUAUUGACUCCAACAACCGUUUUGUCCACUGUGACAAAGUUAUUGCCUUUUCCACUGGGCCUCGAUUUUGUCCAGGAAAACGAUUGGCAUUGAACAAUAUUUUCUUAGUUUUGGUCAGUAUUGUUCAAAAGUACAAAAUGUCACCACCUGAUAAAAAGUCGCUACCUUCCUUUGAUGAAGGAAUAUAUGGAGCGGUACACGGUCCGCAUGCGUUUGAAGUCGUAUUUGAAGAACGAUAAAAAAAAAAUUAUUCUAAAUUAAUUACUAUUAGACUUACAACGUUUAUUUUUACUGACAAUCAAUUCCGAUUCACGGUAGUCAUUUAUUAUUUUCUUGGUGGUGCAUGUCAUAUGUUAAUUGCAUUAUGUAUAUAAGACCGUGUCAACUAUUUUAUAAUUCCGCCUAUUAUUCAUUGGCCAAAACAAUUGUACAAAUAUAAUAUUUUAUGUCUAUAUAUUUCUGUUCCAAAAUAUACAUUGUAAAAAACAU